GGCUGUCGCGACUCCCGCUACGGGGGCCGGCAGGGGGCGGUGGCGGCCGUUGCUCUGGGUCCAGAGGCGGGGCCGUGGGCUCCAGGCGCUGUGAGCCUGCGGACCACGACUAGGCCGCGACGAGGCUCAGACUGAGGCCAUCCAUGGGUGACCGCAAUGGCACGAGCGGCUCUCGGCGUCGGAGGACCGCCUCGAGGCUCUCCGUCCAGGGUGGCGGCGGGCCCGUGGCGGCGGAAGAGGAGGCUCAGGAUCACCCCGAUGUGGGUGCCGGGGGUGACGCUCCGACCCCGACCCCGGCCCCGGACAAAGACCGAGACACCAACGUGGGCAGCGGUCACUUGGAGCUGAGGUGCCAUCGUCUGCAGGAAUCUUUGUUCAGCUCAGACAGUGGCUUCAGCAACUACCGUGGCAUCCUCAAUUGGUGUGUGGUGAUGCUGAUCCUGAGCAAUGCAAGGUUAUUUUUAGAGAACCUCAUCAAGUAUGGCAUCCUGGUGGACCCUAUCCAGGUGGUGUCUUUGUUCCUGAAGGACCCUUACAGCUGGCCUGCUCCAUGCCUAGUUAUUGUGGCCAACAUCUUUGCUGUUGCUGCAUUCCAAAUUGAAAAGCUCCUGUCAGUGGACGCCCUGACAGAGCAGGUGGGGCUGCUGCUGCAUGUGGCCAACUUAGCCACCAUCCUGUGUUUCCCGGCAGCUGUGGCCUUAUUGGUCAAGUCCAUCACUCCAGUGGGCUCCGUGCUGGCUCUGUUGUCGUACUCCAUCCUCUUCCUCAAGCUCUUCUCCUACCGGGAUGUCAACCUAUGGUGCCGCCAGCGUAGAGUCAAAAUGAAGGCUGCCUCUUCAGGGAAGGUCAGUGGAGCUGCUGCCCAGCAGACUGUGAGCUACCCUGACAACCUGACCUACCGUGAUCUUUACUACUUCAUUUUUGCUCCUACUUUGUGUUAUGAACUCAACUUUCCCCGAUCCCCCCGAAUCAGAAAACGCUUUCUGCUACGGCGGAUCCUUGAAAUGCUGUUCUUCACCCAGCUUCAGGUGGGGCUGAUCCAGCAGUGGAUGGUCCCUACCAUCCAGAACUCCAUGAAGCCCUUUAAGGAUAUGGACUACUCGCGUAUCAUUGAACGCCUCCUGAAGCUGGCAGUCCCCAACCACCUGAUCUGGCUCAUCUUCUUCUACUGGCUCUUCCACUCCUGCUUGAAUGCUGUGGCAGAACUCAUGCAAUUUGGAGAUCGGGAGUUCUACCGAGACUGGUGGAAUUCUGAGUCUGUCACCUACUUCUGGCAGAACUGGAACAUCCCUGUGCACAAGUGGUGCAGCCGACACUUCUACAAGCCUAUGCUGCGACGGGGUAGUAACAGAUGGAUUGCCAGGACAGGAGUGUUCCUGGUCUCAGCCUUCUUCCAUGAGUACCUGGUGAGUGUACCCCUGAGGAUGUUCCGCCUCUGGGCAUUCACAGCUAUGAUUGCACAGGUUCCACUGGCCUGGAUUGUAGGCCGCUUCUUCCAGGGGAACUAUGGCAAUGCAGCAGUAUGGGUGACACUCAUCAUCGGUCAGCCAGUAGCUGUGCUUAUGUAUGUCCAUGACUACUACGUGCUCAACUAUGAGGCCCCAACAUCUGGGGCCUGACUGUUGCCAAGGGCCUAUCUGCUUCUCCAUUGUCCAUGGUCAGAGCCAGACCUCUCUAGCUUGGGCCUAAAGUGCUGGAGGGGUCUUGUGGCUGCCUGCUCUUUCUUCCUGUCCUGGGAGGCCUCUUUGCCCCUAUGGGGCUCCUUCCUCCUCAGGGGUAGCAUUAGAGCCUAGCUGGCAGGAGCCAAUGCUGGGAGUCUGUGCUGACCAUGGGCCAAAGGUGUCAAUAAAGUGCUAUCCAUAA